GCCAUGACGAACCCGUUGUAAAUGCGAACUUGCUCACAAAACACACACCAGUAGUUCACAAUCCGUCCAAAUAUAUCUCGUGGUGGUAUGCGACCAAACACUGACUUUUUAUUGUUUAAAUCAUACUCAGCGGUUUACGAGGUUGGACUUUAGGAAAUAUGUUUUAAGGAUGUCAUGUAUGUUGAUCCCAAAAGAAACAAAUUCACAAGGAACCGUAAUCCUGUGCGAAAUCAACUUCUAUCAACUUGGAAUAUUUGUGACUGUCUCCAUGGCAUGAAUCUCGUCGAGCUCCCUGUUGUUGUUGAUGAUUCGACUCAUGUUUAAUUGAUUCACACUGGGACAGAAAGACAAACCAAGAAAAAAAACUUGACUGUAUCAUCAUCCAUUAUGAAUUGGAGAUAAAAAAAAAAGUUGGAUUGUAAUUAAUUCAUAACCUCUGUUUCUAAGUGUCAAAUCACCAACAUAAAUCAGGAUCCUUUCAAGAUGUCUGGAGCUGCAGAUGAUGAUUCAGCACCAUCGAUCAGCACACCUCAGUCUCCCGAGGGUACAGAUGGAGCACCGGAUGUGACAGUGACUGAAAGCAAGCCAGAUACCCCCCAUAGCAAUGCAGAAGAGGAGGAUGCAUCAAAAGACCAAUCAAAGAGUGGGACUCCAACUGAACCAGGAAACGAGGAUGGUGAAACAUCAAAACCAGAAGAUGCUCCACCAACAGACAAUGCUGCACCAGUGGAUGAAGAGAAUGUAGGACCAUCCAGUGAAGAUCAUACUGAGAACAAGGAAGAUGCAGUUGAUGGAACAGUCAAAGCGGAAGAUACACCUACAGAUGUUGAAGCAGAGCAAGGUGCCCAGCAGGAAACUCCUGCCGCUGAGGAGAAAGGUGAGCCUGCACGAGAGACAGGGGAGACUGAAGCUGUUAAACAGGAGGAUGCUGAACCUGGAGGACAGGAUGAUGAAGCACAAGCACAGCCAAAUGAUACAGAGCAGAAUGAAAAUGACAUGGGGGAUGUUGUUGAGGGUGAAGAGGCCAAAGAGCCAGCAAAGGAAGAUGGUGUGGCAGUAACUGAAGACAGUGCCAAGGAUGAAGAAAAAACAGAUGAAGUGGGUUCUGUUGACCAAAAAAUCUCAGAGAAUGAGAGCGAAAAUGUUGCAGACACUGGUGCAGAUGAGGGUGAAAAUGCCAAAGACAAUGUUAAAGAUGAGCAACCAGCGCAAAGCACAGAGUCAGAACCAACAACUGAUGUUCCAGAAAGUGAUACCAGGGAGACACAAUCGAAUGCAGAUGACACCCCUCAAGAAACUGAGAACCCAACAACAGAAGCAUCAAAUGAGAAUGUAGGGAAUGAACCUACGUCAGGGAAUGUUGAGGACAUGAAUAAUGAAUGUGCUAAGGACAAUGCUGAAUCAAAACCAGAAGACACCAUUGCAAACACGAAUACUAGUGAUGUUCCUCCAAACUCUGGAGAAAGUACAGAACAAGUGGAACUCUCUGAGUUAGACUCUGUGAAGUUAGAAAAUGAUCACUUGAAGGGAAGAGUUAAAGAGCUUGAGGAAGAGAUAGAGGGAAUUAAAGAAGGGCGAAAGGAAGGAAUAAAAAUCCAAGCAGCUUACCUUGCUCGGGAAGUCAGUCAACAGCAAGAUACCGAAAAAUACCUCAGAGAAAAACUUGCAGAGAAUCUGCAAGAGAAAGAAGAAAGUGACCAACGGGUGAAAGAUAUGCAGCUACGCCUCAAGCGAUUCGCCAAGGAUGAUCAGGCGAAAGACACCCGGUUAGCCAAGAUGGAGAAAGAGCUUCGUGAAGUAACGCAUGAGGUUCAGAUCUUGGAGAACAUGUUGGAUGAAGACACACUUCGUAGUGUGCGGGAGCAAAAAUCAGGUGGAAAUGUCAAUGGACCAAGCAUUGCAGGAAAAAAGAAAGGACCUGCUUCACCUCCUCCACCACAAUCAAAGACUUGUGUUAUUUUGUGAAACUCUUCAUUUAACUCAUAGAUAUAUAUUAGUGUGGAUGCUUGUAAUGUGAAUGAGAAUGGUAAGGGUGCCAAACAGGUGACAACUAACAAGAUAGAUAUUGUAUAAAAAGAUGAAGAGAAUUUACAAAGAAUAGUUUAGGAAAGAACAGCAUGGUCCUGUCUUUCAAAGAGUCGCAACUAUGGAAAUCCAGCUUUGUCAACAUCUAAAAUUACAUAUUUGUUCAACUGUUUUCUUGACAGUUCAGUAUGCUUCUCUUGGUUUUUAUAGGACAUUGAGCAAAUUUCCUGUAGAAAAAAUUAUGACAUUGAUGGAUUUUCAUAUACUUGAGUUGAGAUUGAUUGGAUCAAUUAAAACUCUUUGUUAGAUGGGGCCCAGUACUACAUGAUAUAAGAGAUUAAAUCAUAUCUUAAGAUUAAUAAAACAUGUCCCAUAGGUUAAGAUUGAAUGAUGAAACUUGGAUUGAUUUAUUCAGGGGCAGCAAAAAUUGAGGGAAAGAUAAGGGGGGAGGUAGAAAAAAAUUAAAAGGAGAGAUCCAGUCAAUGUAACUUUACUAUAUCUGUAUGAUGAAUUCAAUGGUGAAAAAUUAUACUACCAAUAUCUUAGCACUUCCCCUGGAUCUAUUUAUGUACAGGGCACCGAUCUUCCUGGACCACAUUUUCCCCAAGAUAAUUUCAAAUUCAACAUGUUAAAAGUCAUUAAAAUUACUUUUGCUUCCAUCAUUUUAUAUAUUCCACUUCUUGGGACAUUGUUUAUCGUGUACAUGAAUGCAAAUCUCUCACACAGGGUUAAGAUGCAUGUAAAUUUUAUCUUGUAAAUUUGAUCACUUCAUUCACAUGUCAUAGAACUUCCUGGAUUUUCUUUUUUAACCAUUGUAGUUGAUAUGAAUAAUAAUGCUAGAUAUAUUUUUUCAGACAUACGGACACAUUUUUUGUAUCCUCUGGCAAGUGCUAAAUAAAUUCAGCUGUUAUUAUUUUCCUUCAGUGUGCUGUCAUAGUAUAGAUGUAUUUCAAACUAGUCACUUGCCAGAUCAGUUCUUCUGUGUUGGAUUGGCCACAAGUAAGAUGUGUGCUAACAAAUAUUCUACUUCUUUUGAUAUUAUAUGUAUCUUUGAAUUGUUUGUUGGUAUAUCACUACACAGACUAGUUUGCUUCGUUGCAUCAAUGGGUAUUACACUGAAUCUCACAAUUAUUUGUAGAGUUUCAACACAAUCACAUUUCAAGCAUGUCUGUAUAUCAAUAUGUAAAAUUCAUAUUUACAAUCCAUGUAUAUUUUUUGUCUUCUCAUUUUGCAAAUGUUUGAAUGAAUGCAAACAAGAUCAGUAUGGUGUUUUGUACAAACUCUUUCCCUCUUUGUGAAAGUUACAAUUUGUGUAAUGUCGAUGUUUCAGUUGUAUUAUUUGAAUACAAAUCUUAAUGUAAAGUUA